CAAAAACAACAUGUAAUAUCCUACAACUUUGACUUUCUCUCUCUCUCAUCCAGAGCUGUUUCUUCACAUCAUUUUACCAAGAACCGGUCCGGUGGAAAGUCUGAAAACUUUAAAUGAGAAACUGUUGGGACAAGAUUUAAACAAGCUCUCAGGACAACAUUCAAACAACCCACUAAAUCAACAUGGGUGCUGCCAGACCUGGAGAAAACAACUUUGAAAAACUUCUUGAUAAACCAUGGAGGGACAUUGAAUGGACUGCAGAGAGAAGAAAUGAACUGCUCAAUGAAGUCAAGAGGUACAAGCCCAGUGUCAGUUCAGUGAAACAGGCACGGAUUCUGCUGGUUGGUCCUGUUGGUGCUGGAAAGUCCAGCUUCUCCAACUCCAUCAACUCUGUCUUCCAUGGUCAUAUUACCAGCCAAGCUGUGACAGGCACCACUUCAGAAAGCAGCGUGACCCUCAAGUUUCGCACUUACCAGAUUGAGGCAGGUCAAGAUGGUGAACCUCUGCCAUUCAUCCUGUGUGACACCAUGGGACUAGAGAAGGGCCCAGCACAAGGGCUGAAUAUUGAAGACAUUCCUAACAUUCUAAGUGGUCAUAUUGGAGAUGGAUACAAGUUCAAUCCUGUAUCAGCUUUGGAAGACUGCAAGUCCAGCAAGUUAGAAAAACUGGAAAACAAGAUCCACUGUGUUGCAUAUUUUCUCGAAGUAUCCAAAGUAUCAGUCAUUCCAGACACUCUGUGGGAGAAACUUCGUGCAAUUCGAAAGAAAGUCAAUAAAUUUAGUGUUCCCCAGGUGUUGCUUCUGACCAAAGUGGAUCAUGGAUGUCCCCCCGUAGAGAAAGACAUACAGAAAGUGUAUCACAGUGAAUACCUGCAAAAAAUGAUCAAGGACGCAAGUGCUCAUCUGGGCAUACCACUGCUUUCUGUGUUUCCAGUGAAAAACUACACCCGCGAGGUGAAGCUUCAGCAAAAUGAUGACAUCUUGCUACUCAGCGCUUUUCAGAAAAUACUUUCUUUUGCGAACGACUACAUAAGGGACAUGAAUGACGAAAAACUUGUAGGACGUCUUAAAGAACCAUGGAGGAAAAUUGUGUGGAAAUCAGAGAAAAAGAAUGAGCUGAUAAAUGAAAUCAAGAGGUACAAGCCCAGUAUCAGUUCAGUGAGUCAGGCACGGAUUCUGCUGGUUGGUCCUGUUGGUGCUGGAAAGUCCAGCUUCUUCAACUCCAUCAGCUCUGUCUUCCAUGGUUAUGUUACCAGCCAAGCCAUCUCAGGCAAUUCUGGUGAUGGUGUGACAACCCAGCUUCUUCCUUUCAGGAUUAAAGCAGGCGAGGAUGGCAAGCCACUCUCAUUCAUUGUGUGCGACACCAUGGGGUUGAAAGCGGCUCCAGGUGAAGGAGUGCAUGUUGAAGACAUUUGCAACAUUCUGAAGGGGCAUGUUCCUGACCGGUAUCAGUUGAAAACAGCAUCACCCUUGAAAGAAGACGACCCUCAGUUCGAGAAAUCAGUGAAACUGCAAAACAAGAUCCACUGCGUAGUAUAUGUGAUGGAUGCCUCUAAAGUCACAGACAUGCCUGAGCAGCUGAUGAAAAAAAUUGCUGCUAUUCGACGGAAUGCCAAUGAGAUUGGAGUCCCCCAGCUAUUGAUCCUGACCAAAGUGGAUGAAGCAUGUAUUUAUGUGGAGAAGGACAUACAGGACGUGUAUCGCAGUCCAUAUAUAAAAAAGAAGAUCCACGAGGUGAGUGAUCAACUGGGCAUACCAGUGUCUUGUAUAUUUCCAGUGAAGAACUACAACCAUGAGACUGACCUGGAGGAGAACUGUGACAUCCUGCUGCUGAGCACUCUUCAGCAAGUUCUCCGUUUUACAAACAGUUACUUUGACAAUAUCGACGACUGA